CGACGGGCGGCAACGUCUGUGGAGUCACCGUUAACUGCGGGCAAAAUGAAUGCAUCCCCAUCUACGAGCUUCGGCCCCUGUUUUCAGCGAAAGGGGAUCGGGCCGAGCAAAAAUUAGAGCCUGAGUGCAGCAGCAGCGGCAGCAUUCUCGCACACUGAUUCCCUGCUCGCGUUGCCGGACAUGGUCUUCGAUUAGUGGUGGCGCAGCCGUGGUGAUGGAUUUCCCCGUCGCUCCGUUGGAUUGGUUGCCCAUAUUCCUGGAUGAGGCGGCUAGCGCAGCGUCCCUAAUUAACUUGAUUGGUGGGGCUGGUCGUGUGGAAAAGGAAUCAGCCAACGGAUCUCAUGGGGCGGUGGUCGAAGGAUUUGGGCACAACUCUGCUGGGUAGUUUGGUGGUGGUGCUAUGUGCGGCGAGGAAACAAGCAUGGCUGUCGGCGGCACUGCCGUGUCAACACAGAUGCCAUUGACCGGGGCGGCGUUGAAGCACAUUUCGAUGGAGAUCAGGACGCUGUUAUUCAAGAUCGAACAAAAAGUGGCGAUGGAGGCUCUGCUCAAUCGACUGGCAAAGUGGCUCCCCAAGCCCCUGGAUGGACUAAGAGAUGGCGGAGAGAGCUGCGGCCCUAAGGCCUUCUAUGGGUGGCCGGGCAUCGAGCAUGACCCAGAUGAACAAGCAGGCAUCUGUGAUUGCAGACCAAGCAGAGAGUGGCGAUGCAACUUCCGCUCAAUCUACUGGCAAAAUGGAUCCACAGGUGUCGGGAUGGACCAAAAGGGUUAAAGUUGGGAAACACGUGUCGGACGCCUUGCCCAGUAAAGAGUUGGCGCCCUACAAUAAAGUUUGAUCUAUCCGACGAGCACGGGGAAACUCCUGCCGACGCCAAAGAGGACGGUGACCACAACAUAGAGCCAUAGAGGUUGUGGCAGAGCUUGAUCCUGACGCCGACCAUCUGCUUGGCAAGGCAGAGCAGCUUGUUCCGGAAAAAUAUGAUGAGUCUGUGAUGGUUUGGGAAAACUGACGAAGAUUCAGAGGGUGAAGAAGAAGUGGCAAGCUACAAGCGUCCUCGCCUACGCUAGACGCUAAAUCGAGUCUAUGGACCAAUUUGCUAGAACUAGAAAUUAAGUGCGUGUAUUUUGUGUUUACGCCUCCCUGUAUUUUGCUGGACGCUUAUUAGUGUGUCCAUUGCUGGGAGGAACUGUCUCUAAAUUAAGUUGUUAGUAUUGUAGUGUAGUAGCUGACGUGCGUGUGGACUAAUAUUUAAUUAUGUGAGAUUACCC